AUGACUUUUGUUCGGUUUCCAGAGAAAUUCGUUCACUGCAACCAUUGGUUCUACACUGGACAUUCUAGUCACGUGAGCUCUGGCCACUUUCGGCAACACACUUCGUGUCAAUCAGGCAACACCGUGGUCCAAACCAAGCAGUCGAAGGAUGAUCGAUGGAUCAAGUCAUCAGUCCGUUCUUUGGACGAUCGAGGACGAUCUCGAAUAAAAUAUGGGAGGUGUAAAUUACAGAAAAUGUUAUCAACAGUCGUUGAUCUAGAGCGACAUCACUCUGAGCCAAUUACACGGAACUUUGGAAACUUCCUGUGCUAUGAUUGGAAUCUCACCAUCAAUAAAUUGGACAGUGAUGAUAAUCGUGAAUGCUGGGAGUUUCGCUUAUUCUCAGAAUGCACAAGCAACGUACCUGACUCGUUAAAACUGGAAGUGGAAGCUGAAAUAAGCAUAUCAGAAUACAGAUACCGGGCUGUGAAUUCAAUCAAUGGUUAUUAUGAAAAAAAAUUGCUCUCCAACUGUGAAGCUGGAUGUUGGUGGCACCAUAUUCCAUACAACAGAGCAGUAUCGAAAUACAAAUUCAAACUGGAAAAUAAAAAACAGGAACAUAAUAAUAAAGCUGAUACCGACGGACAAGUUAAAGAAAUGGAUCCUGUGUUCUACGAUCGUGACCCAAAACACUUCCGAUUGAUAUUGAAUUUCCUGAGAGAUGGAAAAGUGGGCCUGCCAGAUUCUGAUAAAGAAGUCGAGGAGAUUCUGGAAGAAGCAAAAUUCUAUGAUUUGAUAGAGUUGUCCAAUUAUUGCACGGAUCAUUUGAGCAGAAAAUCUUCUCGUAACUCCACUCCAGUUGUUGACAUUGUUCAACUGGACAUUGGUGGUACCAUAUUCAAAACCACAAAGUCUACACUGACAAGAUUCAAUGGAAUGUUCAAGACAAUGCUGGAUAAUGAGAUAUCUGUGAAAAAACAGGAUUUCGAGUCGAUUUUCAUCGAUAGAUCCCCCAAACACUUUGACAUCAUACUCAACUUCAUGAGAGAUGGAGAUGUGGAGUUACCGGAAACCAACAGGGAGCUCAGAGAGGUUUUGAAAGAGGCACAGUACUAUUUAUUGGGCGGUCUUGUUGAGAAAUGUGAGAACUGUAUUGAUAAUAUUGUUGUUGCUUAA